AAUUUAACAUUGAAAUAGAAUCUAUAAAUGAUACAAAAGAAGAUAAGUCUGUAAAUAAUAUACCAAAAGCUAGUACAAGCAAGAAAAAAUAUAGCAAUUGCAGUUUAAAAGAUCAUAAUGCAUAUAUAUAUCCAGAUUUCAUAGAAUAUUCUGCUAUUGAUAUAAAUGAAAUUGACGAUAUAAACAAGAAAAAAUAUAGAAUUUGUGGUUUAA